AUGGCUGAAUCAUGUCUUUUUGAUGAACAAAAUGAAUUGGCAAGAGCAUAUCUCAAUCGUGCUCAACAUGCCAAUGCAAUUGUAGACGAUGCUGGUUUUUAUUAUGACAAAAGCAUCAAGCUAUCAGAAAAGAAACGUGCUGAUUUGUUUGUAGAUAAUGGUGAAUGUGUUAUAGUCAAGAGUGAAAAAGGUCUUGAAACAAUUUGUAUUGUUCAUGGCGAUAACACAUGUCUCAAUGAUCGUAUUCGACUAAAUACCGUUGUAACAGAUAAUUUACGUGUAUAUUCUCGUGAUUUUGUUACAAUUCAUAAGUGUGGAAAUGUUCCAGAUGGUAGCCAUAUAUAG